AUGCAUCCUACCGAAUCUAAACCCUACUUAUCCCCUUCAUCCAUUAACUGCCAUCCCCCACCUGAACUCUCUCCUUACCCACUCCAUUCGGAAAUCCAGAACGAAUACUUGCCUACUCCUAACGCCGUAAGGGGUUUACAACCCGAGGAAAUCGCUCAUGUGAUCACAGAGUUAUCAGAUACGACCAUCUCGUUGGAGAGGAGGGGGCUCUUACUUAGAUCGUUAGGUGUGGAUGGUGAUGAGUCAAAGGAAAGUAAAAAUAGAAUCGGUGGUAGUAUUAGUAGAGGGAGAAAUCCGGAAGAAUAG